AUGGAGCAGUGCAGGGAAGCGUGUCGGAGGUUCGACUGCGCGGGUGUCAAUCUGUUCCAACUGGACGAGUUCGUCUUUAAAUGUGAAAUAUUGAAUUUUAUCAGUCAUUUAUCACCGGCUACCGGAGCCGCAUGUUACUAUGCUUCUGAUAGCUGGUCCUAUGGAGGCGGAUACGGCCAAGGGCGAUAG